CAUUGACCCACAAGAGGGAGAAGAAGUAUAAAACCCGGGAGUGUAUUUAGAAUCUCUAUAUCUUCCUCUCUCCACUCUCAUUCUCACAAUUCUCUCUACUUUGUUUCUCACAAUCCCUUCCCGGAAAUCUGUAACUGGGAGCGAUCGACCGGAUAGGAGAAUUUUAGAGAUCGAGAGAGGGAUCGGAGGAGACCCAAACCUGAAAGGAGGGAUCUGCACUGGGUUCACAGCUAGCGAGGCCAUUGAGUUCCAGCACGAAGACCACAAUCUAAUGAUCCAUGAUUGGGACUUUAGAUCCACGUUGGAGAGGACGCACGACGGGGAGACGAGAGCGAUCGGCGGGAACCAGAUUGUUAACCCUGAUAGUUUAAGGGAUGAAUUUGAUGAUACCGACGGAACUCAGAGCAACCAAAUGCGAGUUUUGUGCGGUUCCGAAAGGAUUAUGAUACCCGGAUUUGCUGGGUUUUGUUGUGAGAGGGCCAUAAUCGAGUUUACAAGAAAGUCGUCGUCAAUUUCUAGGGAGAAGCUGCCAGAAGCAUUAGUUGCCUGGAUGGCAAUUCGUGAUUCGAAAUGGGUUUGCCGCAGUGGUGUAUGCAAGCUUCGGUAG